AUGGCCCCCCAAAUAGGCAAACCGCUCUAUCCCACCUCCGACACGGAGACAGCAGAGGAGUCUAAACCAGCCAUCCUCCCCACCAAGGAGCAAAGUCCCCUCUACCACCACAGCCUCAUCACCACAGACUUCGACGCCCUCAAGUUCCAUGCCGCCGCCUCCCUGCAAUUGCGCGCACAAAUCCCCACCGACAACCUCCUAAUCGUCUCUCCCUACAACGCACCAGGCCACCUUCUCGACCUGCGCACGCUGGACACAGCCAACCAGCUCCUGGCGCAGGCGCUCACCAUCUUCCAGCCCACGCGGCCGGACUACGCCACGGCGCCAUACACGGAGUCGUUCAACUGGGCCGGCGUCUUUGAGUUCCUGGGCCGUCUGGUCAGGAAUCACGGUGCGUUCCACUGGCCGACGCAGAGUUUCUAUGUCGUUACCUUCCGGUCGAAGUUACGCGCGGACGCGGACGGCGAGCGGUUGCACUUGCUGGAUGCGCAUUCGCAUCAGGAGGCGAUGGCUAGUGGGGGGUUGUUGAAGUAUUGGUUUGGGUCGAAGGAUGGCGAGUGUCGGAAUUUGGCGACUUGUGUCUGGCGAAGUCGAGAGGAUGCGCGGCUGGGUGGACUGGGCCCCUGGCACAAGAAAGCACGUGGGGCGGCGCGUGAGAUGUACGAGUCGAUCGAGUUCUCGACGUUGCGGUUGACGAUUGGAGAGGAUGUUGGGUCAUGGGGGAUUACGGAGUGGAGGGAGGAGUAG